GGAGAUAUUUUUGAACUACAAGUCUUCCAAUGUUUUCAUUUAGAACUCGUUACUGGGUUAUAUUCCCAUUAUGUUUAAUUUAACGGGCCUGCUUUUGACUAUUGUUCCCUUCUUCCCGGUUUUCUGAGGGAAGUACUCUUUUGGAAGGCUCGGUGGAAAAGUUGUUGCUUGAUGAUGUUUUAUUAGAGGAGGAAGAAUGUACCUUUAUAGGUGACUUGUUACGAUAUUUGUACCAUAUUAGACUGCUUUUUACUAGAAACAACUGCAGCUUGGAAGAUACACUUCUUUCCUCAAAAGUCUAUCUUUUAUUUGAAUUUUUGGAACAAUCAACUAACCCAUCACAUUCACAUUGCUUUGAGAUAUUUUUGGCCUACACAUAUGAUAUUUUGUGCCGUGAAUCGUUCAGGGUUAAAGGAUACUGGAGAAACAAUCCAUUUCCCAAUUAGAAAAAUAUACGCAAUUGCCGACACUUUCUCUCUUAUUUUGCCUUAUAUUAUUUCUUAUUUGCAUAAAGGGAACAAAAUUAUUAAUGGCAUUCCAAAUUCUUACUAUUUCUGUUCCAGUCUUGUACAAAUGUAGUUACCUGGAGACUUCUUUGUCUCUAUUCCUUAGUUU